CUUAAAAAAAAAAAAACCCUCUGACACAUCUCUGCAUCUACAGCCGUCCAAUUUCGACCUUUUUUGCCAUUCAACCUUCCGUACUCAGCGUGGACCGACCGCUGAACGAUGCCCGAGGAGAGAGAGAAGAAGUAACAGCACUUUCUUCUUCUAUCACCUUCCGUAUAAAAGAGCCUUUCACUCAAAGGAAUCAAAAAAACAUUUUCACAAAUUAUUUGUCCUCUCAGAUUCUCUCAUUUUCUAAGUUUUUGAGCAUCGAAAGAAACAUGGCAAACUAUGGUGGAGAACCAACAAGCAGGAGGAGCGCUGGAUUCCCUCACGUUGUCCUCAAUGAAAGAAUCCUUUCUUCGAUGACUCGAAGAUCCGUUGCUGCUCAUCCUUGGCAUGACUUGGAGAUCGGACCUGGUGCUCCAACAGUUUUUAACUGUGUUGUUGAAAUUGGCAAAGGUAGCAAGGUUAAGUACGAGCUCGACAAGCCCACUGGUCUUAUAAAAGUUGAUCGUAUUCUGUACUCAUCGGUUGUUUACCCGCACAACUAUGGUUUCAUACCAAGGACUAUAUGCGAAGAUAGUGAUCCUAUGGAUGUCCUGAUACUGAUGCAGGAGCCUGUGUUACCUGGUUCUUUUCUUCGUGCUCGUGCUAUUGGGUUAAUGCCCAUGAUUGAUCAGGGUGAGAAGGAUGACAAGAUUAUUGCUGUAUGUGCUGAUGAUCCUGAGUUCCGUCAUUACACAGACAUCAAACAGCUUCCUCCUCAUCGCCUGGCUGAAAUCCGCCGCUUCUUUGAGGACUACAAAAAGAAUGAGAACAAGAAGGUUGAUGUAGAAGACUUUUUGCCAGCUGAGACUGCCAUUGAAGCCAUCAAGUAUUCCAUGGAUCUAUACGCGUCUUACAUUGUUGAAAGCUUGAGGAAGUGACUGCCUUUGCGACUGUUUGGAGAAAAUUGCUGUAAAAUUUUACUGAUUGGGUAUAAUAUUAGUGCGGCUAGACUUCUAGUUGCAUGCCUCUCUUGGUGAAACUUGCCAAAUUCUCAUGCUUUGAUAGUGCUUUACGUUGCACUUCUUAUGCGAUGAACUUUUCAAUAGUAUGUAAUCCCAUUAUCUACGACUCACGGAAAGGAAAGAUUCCACUUUCAGGUUGUGUUUCCGCUUGAUUUUCUUUAUCUGAUUGAUGUAUGGGUGAAUUGGGGCUGAUUCUUUAUGUGUUAGACAAAGAUAAGAUGCAAGAUAGAUAAAUCAUGGAAGGGGAAAAUAUAAGCAAUGGUGUUUGGAUGAGUUUCUUUUAA